GUUUUUAUAAGAAACAAGAGUGCAUUUAAGUACUGAUAGUAAUCGGAUGUUGACAUCCACGUGGGAAAACAUCUGGAUAUAUAAAUAGCUUUCACUCUCUCUCUCCGAACAUCAGUAGGAGGCACAAACUCAUACAAUCAUGAACUCUCUAGUUCUGGGACUUCUUGUGACUUGCGCGUCAGUCUUGGCAGCACCUUCCCCUUACCCAGGACCACAGCAGGGUCCUGCCGCUCGUCCUGGACCCCAACCAUCUCCUUCCCCCUUCUAUGGUGGAAGCAUGGGCGGACCCUCUCCUCUAGCCCAGCCACUCCCCCCUCCGGCUGGCCCCUCUCCUGGAGCUGAUCCAUACUAUGUAGGAGGAUAUGGAUGUAAUGGAUGUGGUGGAUGGGGAUAUGGUGGAUAUGGUGGAUACUAUGGUGGAGGAUGUGGAUGCGGAUGUCCCUUCUAUUGAUAGACAUGUUUUUACAGUAAUCUUUGUCUAUUCAAUAGUCUCCAAACAGAUUUAUAAAAUAAACAAAUAAUAAAACA